AUGGCUCGUGGUGCCCGCCCUUCCUGCCAGGUACCUUACUACUACGACCCGUGUCGCAGCUUCGCCCUGCCGCAAGCCAACGGCGUCUGCACCGGAGUCUCGGUGUGUCAGAAGGACGUCGCCAGCAACGCCUACUACAACCUGGGCGAGCUGGGCGACACCAAGUUCGGCUGGGACGAGACGCGCGAUCUGUUCUACAUCAGCUACAGGGGCUGUGACGGCCAGGACUGCAGACGCACCAACGUGUCCUUGCGGUGCGACUGGUCGCGCGGCGAUCCCAUGCUGGAGGUGUUCCGGCAAAACGGGGGCACCCCUCUGGAAUACAACAUGACGCUGACGUCGCGCUGCGCGUGCCCGGCCGGCUGUGCCGAGGAGCGACACCCGACCCGACUGAGCGGCGGCGCCGUGUUCCUCAUCGUGCUGGUGGCUGGCGCCGGCUUCUACCUGCUGGUCGGCGUCGCCUACCGCAGGAUCGUGGUGGGCGCCACCGGCUGGGAGGCGCUGCCGAACAGGAGGUUCUGGGCCAGCCUGCCCGGCCUGGUCCGGGACGGCGUCACGUUCUGCAUCACCUGCCGAAGGGCCGACACCACCUACGAUCAGAUCUGAAGGCACCGGCCGGCAGGCCCUCAGCAUCGGCGCCUCCAGUCACCGCUGCCGACGCGCCGGCGCGGCGGUGCUUCCGCUGCCAGUGCCGGACGACCGGAUGGUCGGAAUGGCCCACCUGUGCAACCAGUCAACCGCUUUACGGCAUCAGCGAGGAGCGUGACAGCGCGGGAAGCUUCGACGUCGGCGGUCUUGAGAAAGUGCCUUCGGGAGUCACCGGAUGUGUAGGUUAUGUUGGUAAUG